AUAAGCAUUACUAUAUUACAUUUAAUGUCAUAAAGAGCCCCUUAGAUUCCCACAGUUAUUAUUUCUCAUCCGUGUUUGGUUAGGAUUGAAGUUCUAAAACUGAAAGGAAAAAAAAGGACACAAUCUACAUUCUAGGGUUCCAACGCCUUUUCAGGAGAUACUUUGUGUUUUAGAUAUAAUCUAUUGGUGGAGAUAUGGCUCGAGAUAGGGAAUUGUCUCGGUCACCGUCGUAUAAAAGGCGGAGGUAUUCAAGGUCACCGUCGCCGGUGGUACACAGGUAUAGCAGCCGACGAUACAGAAGCCGAAGAGAUAGAAGCAGCCGAUCUCCUUAUUCUCAUAGCAGACGAAGAAGCCGAUCAAUAUCUCCUAGAAGACACAAGAGUCGCUCACCAACACCAAGGCGUCAUAAAAGACAAAAAAGUAGGAGCACCUCAUUGUCUCCUUUACCUAAGUCUUCCAGUAUUGCCCCUAUUGAGCGCAAAGUUGUCACUGAAAAAACCAAAAUAGAAGAAGAUGAACAAAAGAAAAGGCGUCAACAAGAAGCGGAAUUGAAGUUAUUGGAGGAAGAAACUGAAAGAAGAGUGGAGGAAGCUAUAAGGAAGAAAGUCGAAGAAAGAUUAAGUUCUGAAUAUAUUAAGAUGGAAAUUAAGAUACGAUUGGAGGAGGGAAGGAAGAAAGUUGUGAGAGAUGUUGUUGAGCAACUUGAGAGAGAGAAAGAAGCUGCAGUUAUUGAGGCUACAAGAAAAGAGGAGCAAGCGCGAAAGGAGAAAGAAGAGUUGGAAAGGUUAGUAGAAGAGAACCGAAAGAGAAUUGAAGAAGGUCAAAGGAGAGAAGCAAUGGAGCAACAAAGAAGGGAAGAAGAACGAUAUAGGGAACUUGAAGAACUCCAAAGACAAAAAGAAGAAGAAUUACAUAGAAAAAAACAACAAGAGGAGGAAGAACGUGCAAAACAACAAAAACUACUCGGUAAAAACAAAUCACGCCCAAAAUUGUCAUUUGCAAUUGGGUCAAAGUAAAAUCAAGACCAAGGUUUCUCAUUUUCAAAGAUUAAAGGAUCAUGUCAUGUCAUUUAUCAAAUGUUUGUAUCAAUUGAUUUCGGUUGUUUGUAA